CACUCAGCUUCAGUCUAGCUAGUCACACGGUUCUCUCUGGCUUCAUGGUUUUUGUGUACGUACAGGUUUUAGUUUCAGUCAGGCUCACAGCAUUCACUGUAGCUGAAUUUGGUUUUAGUUUCAGUCAGGCUCAGGGCAUUUACUUUAGCUGAAUUUGAAUCCCUUGUGCAUGGAUUGGUUUCUUGGAGUGUCAUCGUUUGCUUUGAGAAAUAAAGAAGUGAACUGUGAUAUUUAACCAAGCUGUGAAUCCUAAGGAAACGUGUGCUGGGAAGGCAGCUGCCCCUCUUGCUCCAUAUUGUUGCUAAAUGUAAGAUGAAGAAACAAAGAGAGCGGAUGUCUCUUCCUUCCCUGGACUAAACACUUGUCUCAAAAGAUUUUGCGCCUGACAACGCUGAAAUAGAGAGUGGAUAUUCAAGGAAACGUCUUCAACCUAGAGCGAGUAGAGCUCGCAGGACCAUGGCAGAACAGAAGGCACUGGCACCCCUGGGUGGCUUGACCUGGGCUCGGGUGUGCAAAGAGUGCGGGCAGGGCCAUGAGAGCCAAGAUAGUCACGUUUAUGAGUACCAGGAUGAUGUGGAUGAUGAGCUGGUGUGUCACAUAUGUCUUCAGCCACUACUCCAGCCUGUGGACACGCCAUGUGGACAUACAUAUUGCCUGCAGUGUCUGAGCAGCUUCUUGCGUGAACAGGACUUCUGCCCUGUGGACCGGCAGCGAGUGGCAUUACAACAGUGCCGGUCUGCCAGCCUGCUGGUGCGCAACCUGCUCGAUAAGCUCACCGUGCUGUGCCCGUUCCACACUGAGUGCCAGCAGAGCAUGCAGCGCUGUGAGCUACAGCCUCAUCUGCACAACAGAUGCCCUGCAUUCAGGCGGCUCAGGGAAGAGGCUGAGAAGAGAAAGAGACCUUCCUGGAAUGAGUUGAAAGGAAGCAGGACAGAGGAAGAAUCUGACACCAAAUCCACAGCACCUACACGUACAACUAAUCCUCGUGUGCCCCCGGAGCCUGGCACGGUCAAUCCUGCCUUUGAGGAGGCAGAGGACGCUCCUCUCAGGUCCAGUCUCGUUGCAGAAGCAAGCGUGGUCGAGCUAUUUCGUGAGGAUCCAGCAGAAGAAUUGGGUUUGCGGAUAGUUGGAGGAAAGGACACACCCUUAGGGAAUAUUGUCAUUCAGGACAUUGUACGUGACUCUGUGUCUGCCCGUGAUGCUAAACUCGCCCCAGGGGAUCAUAUUCUAGAGGCAAAUGAUAUGAGUCUUACCUCUGUCCCUCAUGCUCAAGCCAUUGCUGUGCUACGACGGCCAUGUUCUGUCCUCAGGCUUACAGUUAUGCAAGAGAAGGGCUUUAAGCCGAGGCCUGAACAACAGGUUCAGCCUUCCACCUCUCCUGUGGUUCAACCUUCACACAACCCUGGCACAGUGAUUCAGGUGGCUCUGGUGAAACGAGACCGGUCUGAGCCCCUCGGCAUCAAGCUUAUACGCAAGUCAGAUGAACUGGGUGUCUUCAUUCUAGACCUGUUGCCAGGAGGCCUGGCAGCCAAAGAUGGCAAACUGCGCAACAAUGACAAAGUGCUGGCCAUCAAUGGCCAUGAUUUGAGACAUGGUACACCAGAGAGCGCUGCUCAGAUCAUCCAGGCCAGUGAAGUCCGAGUGAAUUUUGUGGUAAUGAGGCAGCCGGAUUCCACUGAUGAGGGAAGUGAGCUACAGAGCAGAGGAGCCAGAAGAGGUGCUGAGAAUCAAUAUUUCAGGCGGCGCUCCACAUUCAUGAAGGACCCUCCUGGUGGAUUCUCAAGUCAGGAAAAGACAGUCAGUCUGAAGAAGGAGCCACGACAUUCACUGGGCAUCACGAUCGCUGGUGGGAGAGACGGUCGCAGUCGUCUGCCUGUGUACAUUACAAGUGUGCAGCCAGUCGGCUGCCUGCAUAGAGACGGUACCAUCAAACCAGGUGAUGUGUUGCUGAGCAUCAAUGCUGUUGACCUGACCCAGCUGACUUAUAAUGAAGCAGUGUCUGUGUUGAAGACACAGACGGCUCAGAGCUCUGUGACGCUACGCGUCAUCCGUACUAUUGCAGAAGAGGAAGAGCAGGAUGUAGGGGCAGCAAUCCAAGAAGAAAUGGACACAGGGGAGAACCCUAGAGAGGAUGAAAUCAACUGGUUCCCUCUGUGGACCCGCUGGCUGGGCCUACCCAGCCACAUGCACUGGUGUCGUGAUAUCAUGUUGUUAAAAACCAACAAUGAGAGCUGGGGCUUCAGUAUUGUGGGAGGAUAUGAAGAAAGUCGAGGUCAACAGCCUUUCUUCAUAAAGACCAUAGUGCCUGGAACUCCUGCAUUCUUUGAUGGUCGUCUCAAGUGCGGUGAUGAAAUUGUGGCCGUAAAUGGAGCUACCACAGUGGGCAUGAACAAUUCAUCCCUAAUUCCUAUGCUAAAGCUUCAAAGGAACAAAGUCACACUUACUGUAGUAUCCUGGCCUGGCAGUCUCGUAUAACAUCCGAAAAUGGCUUCUGUGAUUUAAUAUCCAAUGCAAAUGGAUUAAACCUGGAAGGUUGGAUGGUAACCACUAACUUGGUUUUAAAACACAAUAAGGAAUGUUAAAAAAAAUACAAAAAGGAAUGGAAUCUGAAGGAGGUUUUUCCUACUUUGUUGUGGCGCUUAUAGAGAUGAUUGACAAUACUCGUAAGCACAUGGACACUAAAAACUGUUUCUCCACCAAGAGCUUCUAAGUCAAGAUUAUUUCAUCUUACUGAAGAUUUUAUUUCUUUGAGUAACAACAAUAAUUUUCACCUGUCUGUGCUUUGUGAUGGGGAACACCGUUAUUACAGAGACACGCUUUCGCUUAGUGAUUUGUGUUAAAUUACACAAUAGUGAUGCAGGGUGUAAAUGUUUUUAUGAUGCUACAUAAAAUGGGACCACACUACAGUCUUAGGGUUUUAUGACUGUAAUUACAUUUCAGUUACUUUUAUGUUUUAGUCCUUUAGCAUUUUGAAAGCUGUUGCUUUUUUACUUUUUUCCAUGCUCGGUCAAACUAUGUACAUGGAUGGUGGCUAUUCUGUUUCAUUAAUUUUACAUAGGAUUUGUCUUCUAGAUGCAAAAAAACUGCCUUAAUUACUACUAUAACACACUUUCAAUUGUAAUUACAUUUGUUCUAUUUUUUUUUUUAAGCACACAUGUAUGCUGGUUUCUGCUUUCCUUUCAUCACUGGCCCCCCAGUCACAAAGGGCUUUUACCAAAAAUAUAUAAUAAAGAAUUGAGUUAUUUUAUGACUUUUAUCCAAUUCAGGUAGUAAUGUAGACUUUUUCACGUACUCUACUUUUUUUAACCACCAGUUAUGUGCUUUUAAUUAAAACGGUUUUUUAAAUCUGGAAGAGUAUUGCCAUUCUUCCUGUAUGUAAUAUUUAUGCAUAGUUUAAAAACUCUUACUGGCCCUUUUAAUAAAACAGAAAAUUGGAA